AUGGAAAGGUUGGCGACUGUUCCCCUGGUUCUGAGUGCCACUUCCCCCUCUGCCUUCGCACUGCUGCUACGAAAUCUCGAGCCCGUUUCCUCACGGACUCGUCCGCUGUCCAGUUCCUCCAUCCGCGAUGGCAGCCUGAGCCCCGUCCCUCGUUCUGUUCCUCAUCCUAGUGCAUGGGCUAUAUCUGCAGCAGUGAGGAUUCGUCCGAGCUCAGAUUUGCUUUUUGAGAACUAUUUUCUGACCACUCUUGUUGGUCUUCGGAUCGGCAGGGAAUUUUUGGACAAACAAAUUCGAGUCUGUCUCUUGAGUCAGGCAAGCCGCGACUGUACAAUGUCAACAUGUCUCUGUAUCCAACCUCUCGAUCUCACAGCUCUUGAACUCGCCUCUUCCAUCUUCUGCGAACAGCCUCCACGCCCUUACCGAAGACUCGUCCUUCGAGCCCUCGACCUCCUCGCCGCCCUCGCACUCGACGGCGGCUUCCUCCGUGUCUUCACUCUCCUGACAGCAUUCGAACCCGUACAUAUUCCGCCGCGUCAAUACUCAGCAUGCGUGUCGAGCGAGCGCCUGUCCUUGCUGCAUGCUGCAGCUCUUCCCAUCGUUCUGGGAACCUAG